UUCCAAAUAUAAAAAAGAAACCCUUUCACUCUUCACUUCCCUCCAUUCAACAAAUUUGAAAACCCCAGAUCGUCUUCAACAGGAUAACAACACACCAUCGCUAAUGUCGAAAUCCAAGAACAUGAAAACCCCAAAUCCCUCACAAUUCACCUCCAUUUCUUCAACUAUCUACAAUGAUGACGACGAUUUUCAAGACCCAAUUCCAUCUCUACCCUUUACCCAAACCUUAACCAAACCCACCUCAUCGAUCAAACUAAAACCCUCAAAUACCCCCAUCAAUCGCCCCUCAAAGAAGCCCAAAAAGACCCACACUUUACCCGGUAAAGAGAAUCUUAUAACCCCACAUGAAUUUGAUCUUGAUCCAGAUUUGGGUUUGGAGUCUUUUGAGCCGACUGUACUCUGCAACAAGACUGAAGUGGGUGAGAAAAAGAAGAAGUUAACAGAUGGGUUUGGUUAUUUAUCGAAUUCGAUAGAGUCGAGGCUGUCGUUGCAGUCCAGGGGCGGUUGCGCACCAAGUGUUUGUGAAAAUGUUUCUGAGAAAGUGGAUGGGGAUUUGGAGGAAUCUUUUGAGCCCACUGUACUAUGCAACGAGAUUGAAGUGGGUGAGAAAAAGACGAAGUUAACAGAUGGGUUUGGUUAUGUAUCGAAUGCGGUAGAGUCAAGGCUGUUGUUGCCAUACAGGGGCGGUUGCGCACCAAGUGUUUGUGAAAAUGUUUCUGAGAAAGUGGAUGGGGAUUUGGAGGAAUCUUUCGAGCCCACUAUACUAUGCAACAAGAUUGAAGCGGGUGAGAAAAAGACGAAGUUAACAGAUGGGUUUGGUUAUGUAUCUAAUGCGGUAGAGUCAAGGCUGUUGUUGCCAUCCAGGGGCCGUUGCGGACCAAGUGUUUGUGAAAAUGUUUCUGAGAAAGUGGAUCCGGAUUUGGAGGAAUCUUUUGAGCCCACUAUACUAUGCAAGAAGAUUGAAGUGGGUGAGAAAAAGAUGAAAUUAACAGACGGGUUUGGUUAUCUAUCGAAUUCGAUAGAGUCGAGGCUGUUGUUGCGGUCCGGGGGCGGUUGCGCACCAAGUGUUUGUGAAAAUGUUUCUGAGAAAGUGGAUGGGGAUUUGGAGGAAACGGGUACCACUCAACUUGAUGUGUUGCUUGAUUUGUGUUAUUCUGAAGAAGAAAAGGAGAUUGAGGAUGAAGAUGUGGGGGGUGUUGGUGAGAUUAUUAGUUGUCCUAUGUGUGGAAGUGAUAUUUCUAAUAUGAGUGAUGAGAUGAGACAAGUUCAUACCAAUGAGUGCCUUGAUAAAGAGCCGAUAGAUAUUCCCGAUAAUGACCAUGUUUCGGAACCAUCUGGGCAAGUUCUUGAUGACCCUCCUAAUCUAGCUUCUAGUGAAACGCAUCAUGUUUCUCCUAUUUCAAUAUGGCUGCAAAAUCUCGGCCUAUCUCGGUAUGAAGAAGUUUUCAUCCGUGAAGAAAUUGAUUGGGACAGUCUAAAGUGGUUGACUGAUGAGGAUCUAUGUAAGAUAGGUGUUACUGCUCUUGGCCCCAGGAAGAAGAUCGUUCACGCUAUUAGUGAACUGAGAACGGAAUCUCAUGAGGAAGUGAAUAUACCCGAAAAGUCAGCACAAAAGGAGUCUAAAACAGUCUCGAAUAAACUGAUCACAGAUUUUUUUCCCGGUUUUGCUGGAAACGUGAAAAAAAGUUGUACUACUGGGGCACAAGCACAAGUCGGAAAAACUAACUCAAACAAUGGUAAUAAACGUAGUGGCACUAAAAUGAAUUUUUCAAAUAAUAAGUUCCGAGAUACGCCCUCGUGGUGUUCAAUUACUGGAACGCCCUUUCGUGUGGAUGCGUUUAAAUAUUUGCGAAGGGAUUGCUUCCAUUGGUUCCUUACGCAUUUCCAUGCAGACCAUUAUGGAGGUCUUACAAAGUCUUUCUGUCAUGGAAAAAUUUACUGCUCAUUAAUUACCGCAAAACUCGUAAAUCUUAAAAUCGGUAUCCCAUGGGAGAAAAUCGAAGUUUUACCUCUCAAUCAAAAGAUAAAUAUUGCGGGAGUUGACGUCACGUGCUUCGAUGCUAAUCACUGUCCAGGUGCCGUUAUAAUUUUGUUUGAACCACCAAACGGUAAAGCUAUUCUACACACGGGAGAUUUUCGAUUUAAUGAAGAUAUGACAAAAAUCGCUAGUUUGCAGACACGUGUGCAUACUCUCGUUUUAGAUACGACUUAUUGUGACCCUCAGUAUGACUUUCCAAAGCAAGAGGCUGUGAUCCAAUAUGUUCUUGAGGCUAUUCAAGCUGAAGCUUUUAACCCAAAAACAUUGUUUCUGAUCGGCAGCUAUACAAUCGGAAAAGAAAGGGUGUUCAUGGAGGUAGCUCGUGUUCUCCAAAAGAAAAUAUACGUUACCGCUGCAAAAAUGCGGGUUUUGGAGUGUUUGGGAAUGCCAAAAGAAGAUAUGCAAUGGCUAACAUUGGAUGAAAGGGAGAGCCACAUUCAUGUUGUGCCUAUGUGGACACUUGCAAAUUUUAAAAGAUUGAAACAUGUAGCUAACAUGUAUAUGGGUCGAUAUAGUCUUAUAGUUGCGUUUUCUCCAACGGGUUGGUCAUUUAGUAAAGGAAAAAAAUCAUCCCCAGGAAAGAGGUGGCAGCAGGGUACUAUUAUAAGAUACGAGGUGCCAUACAGUGAGCAUAGCAGUUUUACAGAACUCAAAAAAUUUGUAAAAUUUAUAUCUCCAGAAAACAUUAUCCCGAGUGUAAAUAACCACGGGUCAGAGUCUGUACGCAAGAUGGUCUCUCUAUUAUCAUCUUAACCCGUUUAAUCGUUUAUCUCCGCCAUCAAACAACAGGUUAUAUGCAUUGUUGAUCAUUCAAGUAUUAUUGUAUUUAAGUUGUUCCAGAGUUUCCAGAGGACCUUAGGCCUAUGGUCUGCAACUUGGACCUGCAUUUUCUUAAAUGUAUAAUUUUGAAACCACAAAUAAAACAUUUCAUGUUUUUGUAGUGUGUAGACACUCAAUUUGUAGCAUUCGAAUAUUAAAUAUAUGUCGAAACGUUACAUAGCAUGUACGAUGAAUAGACUACGUAUAUUCGACGUCUUUUUCAUUGGGA